GCUGAAGUCAAGGAUCCAGACAGUCACAUUUCAAGCUGUUGCUGCCGCUACUAACUAGACAAGAUGAUGCUGAGCACCAAAGGAGAAGAAGGCUUUGUGGUGAAGGUCCGGGGCUUGCCAUGGUCAUGCUCAGCCAGUGACGUCCAACAAUUCUUCUCAGAAUGCAAAAUUCAAAAUGGAGCAGCAGGCAUUCAUUUCAUCUAUACCAGAGAGGGCAGACCAAGAGGAGAGGCAUUCGUUGAACUCGAAUCUGAAGAUGAAGUCACAUUGGCAUUGAAAAAAGAUAGAGAAACUAUGGGACACAGAUAUGUGGAAGUAUUCAAGUCAAACUACAUUGAGAUGGACUGGGUGUUGAAGCAUACUGCUCCGAAUAGUCUCAACACUGCCAGAGAUGGCUUCGUGCGCCUUAGAGGUCUCCCGUUUGGGUGUAAUAAGGAAGAAAUUGUUCAGUUUUUUUCAGGGCUGGAAAUCAUGCCAAAUGGGAUAACGUUGCUAGUGGAUUUCCAAGGGAGGGACACUGGUGAAGCCUUUGUGCAGUUCGCUUCACAGGAAAUAGCUGAAAAGGCUCUAAAGAAACACAUGGAAAAAAUAGGGCACCGAUACAUUGAGAUCUUCAAGAGCAGCCAGGCAGAAGUUCAGACACAUUAUGAUCCUCCUCGAAAGCUGAUGGCUAAGCAGCAUUCAGAUUCUUAUGACAGGCCCCAGGCUGGCAGAGACUAUAACGCUCUUGGGAGAGGAGUCGGGUUUGCAGGAAUGAGAUGUGGUACCCAUGAAGAUGGAUGCAGAUGCUAUGAUGACAAUUGCUUUGGAAGAUACCAUAAUUACUCCUCGGAGAUGUCCGGUUACAGCUACAGAGAUAGCAGGCCUACCUUCCACCAGAGUCCUGCAGGCCAUUACGUGCACAUGAGAGGAUUACCUUACAAAGCUACUGAAAAUGAUAUCUGUGAUUUUUUCUUACCACUCAAACCAAGAAGAACAUACAUUGAAAUUGGAUCUGAUGGCAGAGUGACCGGAGAAGCCGAUGUUGAAUUUGCUACUCACGAAGAUGCUGUGGCAGCUAUGUCUAAAGACAAAGUAAACAUGCAGCACAGAUACAUAGAGCUCUUCUUGAAUUCCACAACAGAAGCAGACAGCAGUGCUUAUGAUCCCCAGAUGAGAGGAGGCAUGAGUUUGCUAAACCAGUCUACUUACGGCAACCCGUCUAGCCAGGAGCUGAAUGAGGGCUAUGGAGCAGUCUCUGAAGGUCAUAUCAGCAUGAACAAAUAUGACCAAGUGUUACAGGAAAACUUCAGCAAUUUUUCAACCACCCAUUGCACAGAGAACCAAGGAGAGGGGAGUGGUGAAUAA